GAUGAUCAGAUAAAGCCAUAUUCUAGACACUUUGUUGGCGGCUUCCUUAGAAGUUACCUCGUUAAUUACAUGUAAUAAUGGGUAUGGCGAAUAGCAAUAUAAUAUGUGUAUUGGCUAUGAUGGGAGCAAUAGCAGCUUUCCAAAUGUUUCCAGACCAGAUGGUUCAGACUGAUCCCAUUGACCAAACGAUCAUUCUUACUGAGCAGUUGGCGACGCUUACCAAACGAAUGAACAAGUUAGAACUUUUACAUUCCACAGAUGUGAACGAGCUGACCAAACGUGUACAGGAACUUUCGGAUUCACGCAAAAAUGAUUUGCGUGAAAUCACCCAGCUGAACAAGGAAGUGAAGGAACUUAAACGUUUAUGCGUCAUAGAUUCAGACAUGACAUCGAUGUUUAUACAAAGGAUAAAGAAUUUGGAGCGUGUGUGUGAUAAAGAUAAGAUUUCCACAUUACAGCGACAAGCCGUAUAACAAGGGAAGUAACCUAACACUGAGGUCGCCCGCUGAAACAACCUCUAAUGAAUCAACUACAGCUGAAGAGGACAAACCAAAGCAUGGCACACCAAGCGAGCUCUAUAAGCAGUGAUGAGAAAAGAAGGAUCCAGUCUGGGCAUCACAGGAUUACUCGUGUCAGUCCAAAAGAAGACGUUGUGGCGUUCCAUGCGAUACUUGCACAUCAAAUAUCCGAUCCAUCCAACAACCACGUUGUAAAAUAUAACCACGUCAUCACCAACGCUGGAGGCGCCCACUAUAACUCAGAUACCGGCAUCUUUACGUGUACUCAGACUGGAGUUUACGUCUUUUCUUGGUCGAUAUUUGUAGAAGGCCAUCAUUUCAUUUUUACUGAUUUAGUACGUAACAACGCUGUCAUCGGAUCAGCCCAAACUGGCCAGGAUACAGGUUUCUCCAUUGCUGGCUCUGCAACAGUAACUGUACAUUUGGAGGUCGGAGAUGUAGUUUGGGUUCUUGUGAAUAGACACGGGUCUGGCUCUGAUAUACAACCUUAUCUAUCAAUGUUUACUGGCUUUCGCCUCUGAUCAUAUAUCUCCAAAUUGUGUUGGUUAUUCUUAGCACCCUAAAUAAAUCAAAACAGUCUAUCUGAU